AACUGACCGACAGCUGAAACUGUUCGUUAAAACCGGAGAACGGCGGCGUCCGUGAUCAUUCAUAACGGCAAGAGGGAGAACUUGAGAAUCAAGGCGACAAAUCCAACAGGAAGCGGAAUUAAAACAGCCUUUAUUCGUAGGGGCUAGAAGUGCGCCUGGAUUUUGCAUUCUCUUCUCAGCGCCUUUGUGUUCUCUCCGGUGUCACCGUGCGCUCCACUAACAGUAUACAGUGUCGGCAACACUCAGAUUUGUUUCAGAGAGUGAGUUUCUGAUCCGUUCCGCGUCCCAUUCCCAAUGAACGCAACGCACUUGGAGACUGGCGGCAGGCUAAGCAUGGGAUUACUUUUGUGAUGUGGAUUGUAAUAGCCUUGGAAGAAAUUUUUGAUUUACUUCUCAACAAUGUGAGAGGACCUGCGUCCUGGAUUCUCAUAUUUCUGGAUAUCCUGAAAAUAAUCGGCAACAGCUGAGGGACGCUAUAACACACUUGCCGUGGAUCUCGAGCUCUUCGUCUCUCUCAGGUGUCUUCAUGCGCGUUUUGGGACCAACAUGGGAUUCUUGUCGCCCCUAUAGGUCGGACCCCUUGUGAAGAAGCCUUUACUCAUGUCUAACUUGCUUUCCGAGACCUUUACCAAUGCGUUUGCUAAAGUCCGCCUAUCAUCGGAUAGGGUUUUAAAAAGAUUUAUUCGCCUUAUAAAUUCAAUCAUGAACUUUGCCGUUCGCGUGCUCCAGUUAUUUCUUGUGACGCUUCUGUAUUUUUCAGCUGUCAAGAGUGCCUACAUACCCAGUGAGGAAGGCAGAAGGACAUAUGACGUGGUGCCAUUCAUGGAAGUGUAUAACAAGUCUCUGUGCCGUCCUCGGGAAGUGCUGGUGGAAAUUCAGCAGGAAUACCCUGAUGACACAGAGCACAUCUUCAUACCGUCCUGUGUGGUUCUCACCCGCUGUGCUGGGUGCUGCAACGAUGAGAUGAUGGAAUGCAGCCCUAUCGUCACGUACAACAUUACCUUGGAGAUUAAAAGAGUGAAACCGCUCCGUAAUCAGGUUGACUUUUUCAUGAGUUUUGCAGAACACAGUGAAUGCCAAUGUCGGGUGAAAAAAGAUAUUCCGGAGAAAAGAGAAAAAAAACCCCGGAAGGGCAAAGGCCAAAAGCGAAAGAGAAAGAAAAACCGUGAAAAAAAGCGGGAUUUUAGUCAGUGUGUGCCUUGCUGUUCUGCGUGCUCUGAAAGGAAAAGAAGGUUGUUUGUUCAAGACCCCGAGACGUGUCAGUGCUCCUGUAAACACUCUGAAGCCGACUGCAGGUCCAGACAACUAGAACUCAACGAAAGGACCUGCAGAUGUGACAAGCCAAGGAGGUGAACCGAACUUGAGUAUGGACUCUGACAUGAAGGAAUAUUUCACAAUAAUUCACAGCACUUUGAACUUUCAGCUUUGAACUUUGCUCUCGUUUUUUCCGGUCCCGGAGAUAUCGAGCGAAUGAAGUGAAGGGGGUUUCGGGGGAGGUGGGGGGUUAACAGUCAAUGAAAUGUUCUCUCUGUAUAUUUUCAUGGUUUUCAUGUGUGCGCGUUAAGCGAGAGACUGAAAGCACAGGAUUAGAAUUGCUGCUAAAGGGUCUUUCGGAAAAAGACCUGCGUAAACGUUUCUGAUCUCGGCUGGCGUGCGUAAAGUCGUACUCGAAAUCACUCAACGAAACACAUCACUGGAUUUGGGUCUGCUGUGCAGGUUUUCAUGUGAAUCUAAAGCGCAAACGAAAAGUUUGGAGGACUGCGACGAUGCGCCCGGCGUCCACUACUCGCCGUGGAAUCAUUCCUCCCAGUACGCCAAUACUGAGAACAAUGCGUGUGUUUUUAGAGACGUUUUGAACUGAUUCUGUCGUUGGAAUGUCACGCCAUGGAAACCCGCCGGCCACUGUGGUAAAUGUUUGCAACAGGGCUCUGACCUUGACGAGGCAAACCCAAGAGGAUUUCUGGUCAUAUUCACUCCUUAAAGGGAUAUUCAUUCUUUGACGUGUUUGGAAACCACUUUGUGUAGUUAGAGUCCAUGCUUCCACACUGCUGGGGUUUUGAGACGACGAUUUCGUGCUAGGUUUUUCUUGUCGUUCAGCUAGUUUCGGAAUUUUAGUCCAAAUCUAUUCCCCUACGCAAUUUAGUAAUUUAUGAUUUUUUUUUUCAGUAUUCUAUCUCUUUGUAUUUAAUUCGACCUAUUUAUGUGCAGUGUUACUUUAAGAUGGAUCUUCAAGCCCUGUAUUGUCUGCAGACCUCCACGGGCUGUCUGGAGGGGAGAAAAAGCUUUUUGUCCUGUUUAAUUUUUUCCGUAGAUGAACAGAGAAACAUUCCUAAUGCUGAUCAGUGAGUCGUGUUGCCAACUGCCUUGACUUUGCCGCCUUGCUGCAGACGUGUGUGUGCCGUGUGAUCUUUAACAAACUGUGUAAAUGUGAUUUCGUGUGCAUAUGUUUGUGCGUGUGCAUGUGCGAGUAUGUUUUGGAGAAACAUCAGUGUGACAUACGUAUUAAAUAACAAAUAUAGCAGCCAAAUGUAAAUAUAGGCCAAACCCACGUCGCCAUUUACUUCUACUAUAAUAAGAUCUAACAAGCUGAAACAGUAUGCUCAGAUAUGGUCUGAUUUGAUUGGAGUUUUACAUUAUUUAUUUACUCUAUGUAAAUAUGUUGAAUAUUAACAUCUUUUUUGUGUCUGUGUAAUGUAGUACAGCAUAUUUAUUUUCAAAUUAUAUUGCCUUUUUUCUAUAAAACCUCAUUUGAAAACGCU